UCACUGAUAUUAUUUUUUUUAUGAACAAUACACGUGAGAAAGGCGUGAUAUUCACGUGGCCCAACAUUAUCCUACUUUUAUAUGUUAUUCUCAAAAACAUCAAACAUCUUAAAUUUAGUAGUAGUGUAAUUGAUUCUAUCUUCCAUGAAUGGGGAGUGUAUUGUUUGAUAUAGGCUCAAGGAUUGUACUCGCCGGUGUCCCUGGAUCUCUGAAGUGUGCAUUUCGUUCGUUCAAUGUUGAACCCCGUAAUGUCAAUUAUGUUAGCUCCAAUAAUGCGAAUCUGCCAUCAUUCCCACCUUUUUAUGAAGUUAAUGAUUCAUCUUUAACGGAUGAACAGCGCAGAGUGGUACUUUCUUCACUACUUGAAGAUCCUGUAUCUUCUAAAGUAGCUGAGAUAUAUUCUCGAGAUACAGGAUAUCUUUCUUGGGGUCAACAAUUGCCCCAGGUAAUCUCUAAUAUCUUGGUAGAAUCACUCUUAUUGGCGCCUAAAAACUUGAAAGCUAUAGUCAUUGAGUCUAUAUUCAUGUCAUUGCAGGAUAAAUUUAUAAUUGAAAAAUCACUCUUCAUGAAAUUGGGGUUUAGAUCUAUAACUUGGUUACCUGAACCAAUCAUGGAAUCUAUAGCAGCAAACACAAAUGAUUCUAUAGUUGUACAUCUUGGUUGGCUGACCUCAGUUGUGACAAUUAUUCUGGACUUACGGAUAAUAAAUCUGAGAGAGAUAAACAAAUUCACGGGCUGUAUUUUGCACUAUAAAAUAAUUGAAACAUUAGUGAGUUUGAUGUCUUCUAUUAAAGGUUUAGAAUCUCUUUUAUCAAAAACUCUGUGUUUCAAUCUUGUUGAGAACUUCAUUCAAAAUGCUUGCUAUGUAGGAGGAUCAGAAUUUCAAGGAGAUGAAUUUGAAUUGAUUCCUGGAGUGUCAAUUCCUAACAGAAUUCGUCAUGAGGUGUUGGAAGAAUUAAUUACAACUUCGAAUGUUGUUCCUUCGAUCUUGUCAGAAAUAUCUAAUUCUUCAAUUGAUCUUCGUCUGACAUUAAUAGAAAAUAUCGUAUUUGCAGGAGGUUUAUCUAAUAUUCCUGGUUUGAAAAGUAAAAUACUUGAAGGUAUUAGAUUGUCAUCGUUAUAUCCGAACCCGUCUGCUCUUCUUUCACUCGGAUCGUGGGCAGGUGCUUCCAUUUACUAUUCAUCUCUACACAAAGAUGACCUAAAGAAACUUAGCUCUAAAAGAGGACAAACUAAGGAUUCAUUCUUAGCUAGUUACACAAAGCAUUUCUAAGUAUCCCUU